AUGGAUGAGCUCCAGCCUUACACCUUUAUGGCGAGUGCUGGAUCCUCGCAUUCAGAUUCAACUCCAAAGCCUACACCGCUAGAUCGACCUUCAUUCACCUUUAUUGGUCACGAUGACGACCUGACGUUGAAAAGAAUCAAGGAUGUCAAUGCCCGCAAGGCUAUUCGCUCCCAUGUCAUGCGCGAUGUACGCCGACGGGAGAGGCUGGCGGGUCUCAAGCGAACCUCGCGGCGUGAGAACCGAGGCGAAGCUGCUCCGACAUCAUCACCGGGCAAGCAGUCAGAGUCCGAGGACCAAAGACUUGUCCUCAGAGCAGCCUCUCAAUCAUCUCCAUCGUCUCUUAUCAAGACGGAGACCGAUGACAAGUUUCUCUAUUCUAAACAUCGACGAGACCGUCCAUCGAAAUGGAGUGCUGGCUACCCGUUGGUAACCCAGCUAACUCCCAGCCCCCGAUCCCUGCCAACCUCAUGGUUCUUUGAUCCUUUCUGCUCAUUACCAGGAACCAGUGAACUUCCGUCGAUGGUUGCACAUUUAGUCUAUUAUUGGAAAUCUGUCUUUGUUCCUAUGACUUUUCCCAGCGAACUCAAAGGCCGAGAAUCACAAGAAGUAGAAUUAAUGGUCCGAUCCUCCUUCUCGGACCCAGGGAGCUUCUUUGGCUUGAUGAGCAUGUGUGCUGCACAUCGAGCGGUUCUAGCAGUGGAUCGGUUUGGCACAUUGAAUUCCGAACUCCAUAACCGGAUUGUCAAUGAUCCGGAUUAUUGUAUCAUGAAGGCAAAGUCAAUUCGAGAAAUGAAUGCCAAAAUGCGCGAUUCUCAACGUGCUCUGAGUGAUGAGGCGUUCGAUACGAUUGUCAACCUCCUGACUGGCUCGUUGAUUGCCGGUCUUUUUGACGAAGCUCGAAUUCAUCUCACCGGCCUUCGACGUAUGGUAGAACUACGAGGAGGGAUCACGGAUGAGAGCAUUCGCUCCGCGUCAAUGCUAUCUGCAAUCAUUACGACCGAUGUGAAGGCUGCUUCGGGUUUAUUGGUCAAGCCUGUUUUCCCACUCACUUGGGAUUCCCAGCCAGUGCCCCAGGUGAUUCAGCAGCGAAUUCAACCACCUACGUCGUCGCCGGCUUAUCAACUCGGUUCUGGAUUCUUUUCGAAUAUGCUGCUUAGCUCACCCUUGAUUCGUAUCCUACAUGUCAUUCGCGACAUCAUUUAUUAUAGCCUCACUGUGCAAACUGUACCGGCAGUCAUUCAGCCAGACGAUCAUCAUUUCUUUCGUGUGUUGAACUGUGAGGCAGAGCAUCAACUCCUCAGUUAUGUCUAUACAAACAGUUCACCGACUGUGGAUCACCUGGGCUUGCCCUUUGAGAUUCACCCCAUCGAAGCAGUCACGCGUGUGGCAGCUAUAUCAUUCCUGAAUAAUUUUCUGAUAGUCUCUCCUCCAUCGUCGGGCCUUGGUCGAGCCCUCACGAAUCAUCUGAGGGCCGCGAUGAGCAACUGUACGCUAUGCCUUCUUUUCACUAUGUCGAAGGAGAACUUUGGAUGUUUUGCAUGGGCUUUGUUUAUUGGCGCCCAUGGGGCUCUGGGUCAGGCUGAGAGACCCUGGUUUAUGGAGCGGCUGGCUCGCAUCGCAAUCAUCUGUGAAUGGCAAACCUGGGAGCAGGUCUCCAGGAUCUUAUCAGACUAUUUCUUCAUCCCGGCUAUCCACGAGAUAGAGUGGAGAUCUAUCUGGGAUGAAGCAAUGGCAGGAUUUGUAUCUUCACUGGAACACCCAUGA